AAUUAACUACGAUUGCUUUGGAUGAAAUCAUGUGUGACAGGUAAAUAAGUGCCAGGUUUAACGGCAGACAUCAAAAUUAUUAAAUAGAUCAUUGAACAUUCCUAAAAUCGAUGUUGAACGAUAUAUGUGUAAUACAACGACAGAACGAAUAUUAUGUGUAAUAGUUGUCGAAAACAGAUCGGAGAAGAUAGUGCAAAAUUGUGACGAACUAUAAAUAGAGCAAAUGUUUGCACGCAUGCUUGGAUCAAGGUUACAACUAUCGAAUCUGCUGCAAUGUAAAGAUCAGAGUGCGUGUAAACUCUGUAAUAAAUCGUAUGGUAAAUACUCGUUGAAGUUGCGCAUAAUGACUAUUGUGUUCGUUUAUAAUUGUAAAUAGCUGCAUUUGUAGUUUUCAAUUUGCCGUUUAAACGUAAAGGAUUACGUGGUUUUAAAAUUAAAUGCAAAUGACCUAGUUCCGAUGUCACGAUAUUUUAAGCAAACGCCUAACAAAUGCGGACUUAUAGUUCAGCAAGCUUCGAAUGUUUGAAUAAUAACGGAUAUUAAAGUUUUAAUAUACAACAUAAUUGUUCAAACGCGUACACACUUUUCAAUUAAUGAAUCGUAUUUAUUUUAAAUAGUUUUCUUAGGAUGAAUGAAUAUCUGGACGACAGGUCAAAUACCAACGAUGUUGAAAAUCUAUUGUGGAAUUAUAACCUUGAUCUAUCUCGAUUUAAACUUUCAAAACUAAUGCAAGAUACAGUUGAGUGGCAUCAAACGCCUGUACACGAUAUUUUUAACAAAUUAAUUGUUUUCAAGAAUUUUUGUUUUAACGAUCUGAUGUUUAAAUUCUACUAAAAUGAGAAUUUCCCGGAAACAUAAAGCGAUAAUAGUUCUACUGAAAGCAAUUGCACUGUGUGAGCAAAGUAAAGGAAGAACCAAUAGGUGGAUCAAUGAAUUGGUGAAUAGGUUGUCUGCUGUCCAGAGAGGUGAAUGGCUUUCACACACGAUCAACGUCAACAUGAUAGAAGAACGGCUUAUUCCUUUGAUAAACCGUUUAAGUCAAGUGGGUAGUGAUGUUGACAUAACUCAAGAAGAAUUCGAAGGUUCUGUGAAUAUUUUAAUAUCCGGCUUGGGCGAAGGCAACAUUAUAAAUCAGCGUGUCUUGGAAUACAUUGCAUGUAAUUCUGACAAAGAUUCACUCGACGAUUGCACAAUAAUUCACCUCUUACAGAUUUGGUACAAGGACUACCAUGUUCGUGGUCAAAUUGUCGAUUUGACCAAAGCUAGAAACGAGCGGUCAACAGCUGCUGACGUAGGCCAGAGCCAGUCACCUGACAACUUCUCUAUUGAAACCAGGCAAGGCUUUCCCGAACCAAGAUCACACAUCUUAGGAGAACAACGUAUUUCUCCCGUAGCAGAUCAACCCGAAAGCGGCUCAAACGACCCUUCUGAAGCUAGACAAGUCGUUGCUGACCCAAACCCACAUACGUUACGAGAACAACCCACGGCUCCCUUAAUAGAACAAACCGAUUGCGAAGGAAAUGACACAUUUCGUGAAAGCCGAAAUACGAGACAUCCUUUUUUGGAGAAACGAUUACACAUCGGAAGGAGAAGGAGGGUUUCAGAAAGUGAUAAUCCAGGUGUUUCGAGCGUUAACGACCAAGAAAGUAGUGACGAGGACGGUGAAAAUGACGAUUCGGUUGAACUACCAACAAGUAGUGACGAGGACGGUGAAAAUGACGAUGCGGUUGAACUACCAAUAACAAAUAGACCCCCACUGUGGAAUAGAUUGCAAACCGGAAGAAGGAGAUGUGUUUCAGAAAGCGAUGCACAGGCUCCCGUUUGUUCAAAACCCAGUAUCAUGCUCAGAUUCAAUGGCGAAGGGGCAUUUAGAAGAAUGUUUAAAAGAUCAAGAUCCUAUUCAGAAGGUGAAGCAGGACAAAGUAGCAGUGGUAGUCAGACACAAAACCUUUUUGCUUCGCAGCCUAGUAUUUUCACUGCAGCAGCUGCGAAUCUAACAAUAAGAUUUCAAAUGCGUGACUUAUAAAUCAGCAAAGUACUAUUUUGUGGUAUUGAGUAACUCGCAAUUCGCAAAACGCCGGUAUUGUUGUUGUAGGAUUUGUUUUGGUGUUUAUUGACUGAACCUACAAUGGAAGUGAUAAGUGCGGAUCUGAUGUAAACGGCGUGUCACUUUUUGACAUUCAUCCUUAUUCAACAGUCAUACAUAGGUAUUAAUAAAGUUCUAAAGAGCAAAUCCCGUAGUCGAAGUGGAAGGAAUGCUGCCAACAGGCCAGUCUAUCGCCUUAACACUGUGAAAAUGUAAUUAAACAACAUGUAUCAGCGACAAUAGUGGACAUCUACCAAACGAGUACACGGUUCAUCGGUAUAGUUUUUGGAUUUAAUGAAUAAACAUGAACCGAAUAUUUCAGGUGUCCAACGCGGUAAAUUUAAAUAAUUAUGAUUUGCGAUAUGACAAUGGUACUAUAAAAGACACCUGAACAUAAUUAAUGCUACCAAGUGAACAUAUUUUUGUUAUAUAGAAUGGCAUUAAUAUACAUAAUUUUAACAUACACAUAUGUAAUACAUUGUUAUUUGUCUGCAUUCGAAAUCCAAUUGUAGAUCAAAACUCUAAAUGGGAAUGUGCAAAUAAAUGAUAAAGGUCAGUAAUAUAUAGAGAAUAUAACAAAUUGUAAUAUAUCAGGUGAGGCUUAAAAUACAUUAACGGAGAGGUAUGGGGUUGAACGUGUUCAUUAUCAAGUCAUGAGCGAUUGAGUUUAAUAUUUCUUAAAUUCGAUGUAUGUUGCUUUUUAAAGUGUUGUGUAUAAAAUAAAAUUCAUCAUCUCA